AUGGCGUCUUGGUACUCCAACCUUGUCCAAAAGACGUCAUCUCAAAUCUCCUCUCUUCGCCAGAACCUGCUCUCAGGCGAACAAGAUGGUGACACCGAAGACGAUACUCAUGUAUGCCGUGUCCUCCGCGGCUACUACAUCGAAAAAGGACGCCCCUUUCCCGCAUGGCUGCCACCGGACCCUAAGGCCCCAGCUCAGCAACCCGUCCAACCUAUGAUGACGCCACAGGCCGGUCAGCGCUUCGGUGCCCAGGGGCAACAGCAGCACGGAGGUCUCAGCAGUCUGUGGGAUAAUGGCCCUCAGCAACAGCAGCAACAAGCGCCUCAAAGUCUUCGCGCUGGUGGUGGACGCACACCCGCUUCGCUACAACCAGGGGGCGGUGAUGUUUCUCGACGACCACUGCCAGGCCAGCAGCGUGCAGGAAGCUACCAGAACGCAGGUGGUCAGUUCGGUAGGCCCGAAACUGCGAGCGUGCCGCCUGGUGGUGCUGGUACUGGAGGAGGAUCUGCACAGGAUAGGCUACGACAAAGGCUUUGGGGCGGCGGCGGAUCACGCACGACAAGUCCGCAGGCUGGAAGUCAAGGACCUUUUCAGCCUCCGGCUGGUAACAAUGGAGGGGGCGGUGGUAAUUACGAGGACCGAUUUGGGCCAGGCGGGAUGUACGACCAGGCAGGUGGCGGCGGUAAUGCUGGUCUGAGGAGAGGAUUGCCUAGUGGACCGCGCGGAUACAGGUAA